AGUCUUCAGUCAUCAUCAUGGGAACUUCUGUCCCCGAAGAUACAGUGAGAGAGAUACUUGCUUUGCUAGUUUUCUUUUCCCUGCACGCAGACACGGCCUCCCUUUCUCUCUAUCUCUCUAUCUCUCUCUCUGCGCACUCCCAAAGCGUUAUAGCAGCUUCUGUUCCUUUUCAAUUAUUAUUAUUUAGUAUCUUUAUUAAUUAUGAUAUAUUCUGCUGCUGAUUUUCUGCUCAAUUCUUUGCUUUCCUUCAAAACUCUCCCAAAUUCCACCACCACCCCUUCCAUAAAUCUCAACCUUCCCGGCUAAUCUCGAGCAUCCAUUACCAUUAGAGUCUCUCUCUCUCUCUCUCUCUCUCACACACACACACACACAGCGUGACCCCUGUCUCUGCCUCUCUCGUUUUCCGGUCCUGUUUUGGUGCUUGAAAGUCGAGUUUUUGGUUCAGUUUAUUGGGUUCGAUUGAUCUUUGCUGGUAACUGCUAAGGCACGACGGAAGCGGGUUUAUCGUGGAUUUGACGUUGUAAUAUUCGGCGUGUUGAUUCGGCUGAAAGGAAGAGGAGAAAGGGAUGGAUAAGUACGAGCUGGUGAAGGAUAUAGGAUUUGGGAAUUUCGGGGUGGCCAGGCUUAUGCGGAACAAAGAGACCAAGGAGCUCGUUGCCAUGAAGUACAUUGAACGAGGCCACAAGAUUGAUGCAAAUGUGGCCAGGGAAAUUAUAAACCACAGAUCUCUUCGCCACCCCAAUAUAAUUCGGUUCAAGGAGGUGGUACUGACUCCCACACAUCUUGCAAUAGUCAUGGAGUAUGCUGCAGGUGGAGAGCUCUUUGAGCGAAUAUGCAAUGCUGGAAGAUUCAGUGAAGAUGAGGCAAGGUACUUCUUCCAGCAGCUCAUCUCAGGAGUUAACUACUGUCAUUCCAUGCAAAUUUGCCAUCGAGACUUGAAACUAGAGAACACCUUAUUGGAUGGCAGCCCAGCUCCGCGUCUGAAAAUUUGUGAUUUUGGUUAUUCUAAGUCUUCUCUGCUUCAUUCAAGACCUAAAUCGACUGUUGGAACUCCAGCCUACAUUGCACCAGAGGUUCUUUCACGUAGAGAAUAUGAUGGAAAGUUGGCAGAUGUAUGGUCUUGUGGAGUAACUCUUUAUGUAAUGCUAGUGGGAGCAUACCCAUUUGAAGACCAAGAGGAUCCUAGAAACUUCAGGAAAACCAUAAGCCGAAUCAUGUCUGUUCAAUACAAGAUUCCGGACUAUGUUCACAUAUCUCAGGAGUGUAGACACCUGCUGUCUCGCAUUUUCGUGGCAAAUCCAGCAAGGAGAAUUACCAUCAAGGAGAUCAAGUCCCACCCAUGGUUUUUAAAGAACUUACCAAGGGAAUUGACGGAAGUGGCUCAAGCUGUUUACUACAGGAAAGGAAACCCAACCUUUUCUCUUCAGAGCGUAGAAGACAUUAUGAAAAUUGUUGAGGAGGCUAAAACUCUGGCCCAAGUUUCGAGGUCAGUCAGUGGAUUUGGCUGGGGAGGAGAAGAGGAAGAAGAAAAUGAAACAAAAGAUGGAGUUGCUGCUGCUGAGGAGGUGGAGGAAGAAGAUGAAUAUGAAAAGAGCGUCAAGGAGGCACAGGCUAGUGGAGAAUUUAAUGUCAGUUAAAUGUUUGUUGAAUGGAUUUUUGGUUUCCUUUGUUCUCUGGGAACUUAAAAGGUGAGUGUUUGUCUGGUGUGUAUAAAAAUUGGGUGUUCUACAUUGGACAUGAAUGUCUGUCUAUUAUAUAGACGUUGUGAAUUUCUGAAGUAUUGUAGGCAUUAGGCUGUCUUUUGAGUUUUGUGCUUGAAAGAAAAAAGAUAUUGAAUUGCCUGUUUGGAUGCUUCGUAAUUAAUUUUAGAAGUCAAAACCAUGGUUUCAUAUAA